UCUUGACACCGCUCUUAGCAAUGAGGUUGUGCUGGACUUAAGCUUUUUCUGAACAUUACACUGGACUUUAGUCUUGAACUCUAAAGACAGGAUUUCUUGCUCAGCGCUGAAGUUUUGAAGGGUCUUCUGGUGUGAUCUCGGCCUGGCAAUGGGUUCAGAUGUGCGUGACCUUAACACCCUGCUGCCACCCGUGCCGCCGCUGCCUGGGGGAAACGGAAACUGUGCCCUGCCCGUCAGCAGCGCCCCACAGUGGGCACCAGUGCUGGACUUCCACACUGGGACCCCCUACAGCUCCUUCAUCAAACAAGAACCGAACUGGGGUACGACAGACCCCCACGAAGACCCUCACUGCGGCCUGAGCGCCUUCACCGUACACUUUUCCGGCCAGUUCACUGGCACUGGGGCCUGCAGGUAUGGGGCUUUUGGGACCCCGGCAGCCAGCCAGCCACCACCUACCCAGCCCAGAAUGUUCAGCAAUAGCCCUUACCUGUCCAACUGCAUGGACAGUCAGCAGACCUCUAGGAAUCAGGGUUACAAUGCGGUUAGUUUUGAAGGAGCCCCCAGUUACGGACACACACCUUCACAUCAUGCCACGCAGUUUCCCAACCAUUCCUUCAAACACGAAGACCCCAUCUCACAGCCGCCCAACCUUGGUGAGCAGCAGUAUCCCGUCCCUCCUCCAGUCUAUAGCUGUCACACUCCCUCUGACAGCUGUACGGGGAGCCAGGCUCUGCUCCUCAGGAACCCCUAUAACAGCAGUGAUAAUUUAUACCAAAUGACGUCUCAGCUGGAGUGCAUGGCAUGGAAUCCUGUGAACACGCUGGCUUCCACUAUUAAGAGCCAUGCAGCAGGCUAUGAGAGUGACCCAAACACACCUAUGGUGUACAGCUGUAGCACUCAGUACAGAAUCCAUACUCACGGAGUCUUCAGGGGCCUCCAGGACGUCCGCCGAGUUCCUGGUAUCGCUCCCGCCAUCGUGCGCUCCUCAGAAACCAACGAGAAGAGGCCGUUCAUGUGUGCGUACCCCGGAUGUAACAAGAGAUAUUUCAAACUCUCUCACUUACAGAUGCACAGCCGUAAACACACAGGUGAGAAGCCUUAUCAGUGCGACUUCACAGAUUGUGGCCGCAGGUUCUCCCGCUCCGAUCAGCUGAAGAGACAUCAACGGAGACACACAGGCGUUAAACCGUUCCAGUGCGAGACGUGUCAGAGAAAGUUCUCACGGUCUGAUCAUCUUAAGACCCACACCAGGACUCAUACAGGUAAAACAAGUGAGAAACCCUUCAACUGCAGAUGGCCCAACUGUCAGAAGAAGUUUGCCAGAUCUGAUGAACUUGUCCGACACCAUAACAUGCACCAGAGGAACCUGACUAAGCUACAGCUAGCCAUUUAGAUCUUCCCCUUCACGCCGUC